AUGAUUCUUCCAGUGGUGUUCCUGUGUCUCACAGCUGUGCUGUCUCUGUCCACUGGAGAGGAACCUGAGGGUUUCGAUGCUCUGUCAACUAGCAAAGCAGAUCAGCAAAAUCUGAUUGUUGACAGACAUAAUACCCUCAGGAGAGGAGUAAAACCAACUGCCAGCAACAUGUUGAAGAUGGAAUGGUCUCCUCCAGCUGCAAAGAAUGCCCAAAAAUGGGCCAAUCAAUGUUUCUUAAGUCACAGUCCUGCUAACAUGAGGAGAACCACUGUGCAAUGCGGUGAAAACCUUUUCAUGUCAUCUGGCCCUUUCUCAUGGCCAGAUGUUAUUCAGGCAUGGUACAAUGAGGUGAAAGAUUUCAAAUACGGAACUGGAGCAAAAACACCAGGUGCUGUGAUUGGCCAUUACACUCAGGUGGUUUGGUACAAUUCUUAUCAAAUUGGAUGUGCUGUUGCUUUCUGUCCCAACAGUAAAUACAAAUAUUUCUAUGUAUGCCAGUACUGCCCCAUGGGAAAUCUACGAAGUUUGAUUCGGACACCUUACAAAGAAGGAGAACCCUGUGGUGAUUGCCCCAACGCUUGUGAGAAUGGAUUAUGCAGUGGCACAACUUCUGGAGUGAAACCAAAGAGGACGGAGUCUAUCACAAGGUUUGAAGACGUUUAUUCCAACUGCUCUGCAAAGUCUCCUGGAUGUACCCAUAGCUUCAUCAUUAACUGCCCUGUUUCCUGCCAAUGCAAAACUGUAAUAAAAUAA